AUUUGAUCGAAUGGUGUGCAAUUAUAUUAUUUGUUUUUGCUUUUCAUGUUUAGCUGUUUUAUUUAAUAAUUUGUGAGGAAAUUGAUGAUUGACUAGUGGAGUGAAAAUUAUGUUGUUUAUAUUGUGCGCAAUAGUUUUGUUAGGAUGCGGCCAAACUUUUGCCGCCAAUCAACGAAUAAACUUGAAUCUUGCAAUUUUCCUCGGCGAAGAUGAGCACUCUAAAGUAACGGAGAUUGCAAUCAAGAAUGCAUUAAGCAUCAUAAAAGCUAAAACAAAGUACCACGUCGUUGGGCACGUUUUUCCGCUACAAGAAUCGAGCACCUUUGAAGCUGGUCAGACAGUUUGCGAUGUCGUUGAAACCGGAGUGGCAGCAAUAUUCGGCCCAGAAUCUCCCCAAAUUAACGAAGUAAUCCAGUCGGUUUCCUCGAGUCUUCAAAUACCCCAUUUUCAAACGUUCUGGAAUUCCAAGUUGCAGCUAAACGAAUCUCAAACGUAUAAUUUACACCCGAGUGCGGAAAGUUUAUCUCAGGCGUUGUCAACUCUUGUUUAUGAAAACGACUGGAAAAAGUAUACUGUAAUUUAUGAAAAUGAGGAUAGUCUCAUGAGACUUCGGGAAAGUUUAAAACAAAGGAAACCGAACGACCUAGCUGUAACUUUCAGAAAACUUGGAACUGGUCCUGAUUAUAGGCCGAUCCUGAAGCAAAUUAAAAGCUCGGAAGAUCUUCAUUUUAUACUCGACUGUAAAGCGGAUCAUAUAUUAGAAGUUUUACGACAGGCCCGGGAAGUAAAACUUUUAGAGGAUUACCACAGCUAUAUUUUAACAGAUUUGGAUGCUCACUCUCUGGAUUGGUCAGAAUUUAUUGGAGUAGUAACAAAUAUUUCUACAUUCCGAAUUGUUGAUCCAAAAAGUGCUAGUGCAAAAAACGCAGGAAAACUCUGGAUGAUUGAUCCAAAAACUAUUAAGUCAAAAACUGCUUUGAUGUACGAUGCUAUAAAUCUUUUUAUCACCGCUUUCCGAGAUUUGGCUCAGAAAGAAGAAAUAGAAAUAGGGCCUCUGAGCUGUGAAGAUUAUUAUGUCUUUGAGCAUGGAGACAAAAUAUUCAAUAUUGUCAAAAAGCCUCCCAAGAAUAGUAGAAGUAUACUACCUGGCUACCUAACUGGUCCAGUGUUUUUCGACAAAAACGGUCAAAGAAGUAACAUCGAUAUUCAAAUAGUUGAACUAAUGAAGGCAGAAUAUGGUUUUAGAGUAACCGGAACAUGGAACCCAAACAAUCCCACGGCAAUUACUUACAAGCUAACAUCGGAGCAGCGUGAAAAGGAACUUGAAAAAGAAAUUCAAAGAAAGAAUUUCAAAGUUGUCUCCAGAAUUGGCCCUCCUUAUCUGAUGACAAGAGUGCCAGAAUAUGGUAAAGUAUAUUAUGGCAAUGAUAGAUUCGAAGGUUAUGCAAUGGACUUGAUGGCGGAGAUUUGUAAUAUUUUAAAUUGCAGUUAUACUUUUGAAUUAGUUCCGGAUGGUAAAUAUGGUAACUACGAUCCAGACAGGAAAGAAUGGAACGGGUUGAUAGGACAUCUAUUGAAUCGGAAAGCUGAUCUAGCAGUAUGCGAUUUAACUAUCACCUAUGAAAGACGGUUGGCUGUGGAUUUUACGACACCUUUCAUGACUUUGGGUAUCAGCAUUUUAUAUGCUAAGCCUACAAAAGAACCUCCUGAACUCUUAUCUUUUGCUGGUCCUCUGAGUUUAGACGUUUGGUUAUACAUGGCUACUUCAUAUUUGAUCAUAUCUAUGAUUAUUUUCUUAGUAGCAAGACUUAACCCUAACGACUGGGAAAAUCCACAUUUAUGCGAUCCGAACCCUGAGGAACUGGAGAAUAUAUGGAAUAUCAGAAACUGUUGCUGGCUGACUCUGGGAUCCAUUAUGGCGCAGGGUUGCGAUUUGUUACCCAAGGGAGUAUCAACUAGAAUGGUUACAGCUGCCUGGUGGUUCUUUUCCCUUAUAAUGACUUCGUCUUAUACCGCUAACAUGGCCGCCUUUCUGACCAUGUCCCGUAUGGAGUUGACAAUUACAAGUGCUGAGGAUUUAGCUGCUCAAAAUAAAAUUAAAUAUGGUUGUCUUGCCGGCGGAUCUACUUGUUCCUUUUUCAAAGACACCAACUUCUCCACUUAUCAUCAAAUGUGGGUUCAAAUGGAGUCGGCAGAUCCAACCGUAUUCGAAACUACUAAUCCGGAUGGUGUCAAACGGGUUUUAACCAGUAAAAGGAAAUACGCUUUCCUGAUGGAAAGCACAAAUAUCGAGUACGAAUCGGAACGCAAUUGCGAUUUAAUACAGGUCGGCGGACAGAUUGAUUCAAAGGGAUACGGGAUCGCUAUGACUGCGAAUUUCCAAUAUAGAAAAUCAUUUAAUGAAGCCAUACUCAAAAUGCAAGAAGGAGGAGUUUUGGAUCUACUAAAGAAUAAAUGGUGGAAGGAAAUGAAUGGCGGUGGGAAAUGUUCCGAAGAAGAAUCAUCUGAAGAAGAUGAACUAGGUUUGGACAAUGUGGGAGGCGCAUUUGUAGUACUGGCAAUGGGAAUUGGGCUAGCAUUGAUUUUUUCUCUUUGCGAAUUCCUUUGGAUGGUCAAGAAAUUGGCGGUUAAUGAACAUAUUUCAUUCAGAGUAGCAUUAGAGCACGAAUUGAGAUUUGCCAUAAAUAUCUGGGCAAGACAAAAGAAAGUCAAAAGAGAUCCGUUACCUAUUGUCGACAAAAGUGACCUCAAAACCAAAUAAAGUAAAUUAUAUUGCAGAA